AUGCCUGAGGAGGGUAUGGAGGAAACCAAGGGGGUAGAGGAGGAAACCAAGGGGGAAGAGGAGAGACCCAAGUGGAACAACAAGGCAGAGUAUCUGCUGACCUGCAUUGGCUUUGCUGUUGGACUGGGCAACGUGUGGCGUUUCCCCUACCUCUGCCAGAUUUACGGAGGGGGUAUAGAUGCUUUUACACAUAUUUUCUUUUGUUUUUCACUCCAACUUUGUUCAUGUUAAGCAAGUCCUCCGGAGACCUGAGUGGUUGUAGGAUUCGGUGAAAUUUCAACUCCGUUAUCUAUGAUUUAAUUUUUUUUACUAAAUUUAACUAAAUUCGAUUUUUUAACACUAUAACAUUUUAGCACAAUUUAAAUUGUAACACCAUUAUUCAACUCUAAAAUCUUUACUCCAUUUAACAACUUCCUAAUUUAACACUAACAUUUUAACUGAAGUUAACAAUUUAAGAUUUUAACUCCAUUAAACAUGUUAACUGUAUUUAAUAUUUAACAAUUUAAUUUACAUUUUAGUCAUUUAGCAGACGCUCUUAUCCUGAGAGACUUACAGUUAGUGAGUGCAUACAUUUUUCAUACUUUUAACUCAAUACAUUUGUGUAUGUUAUUUUUGAAAUAUAUAUUUUGAUUGUCUGUUUUUAUUUUAAAGUAUCUCUGGUGUGGUUCUGUGAAGUGUAGACUGCAGUAAGUACUACAACAAUACUUUGCUCUACAGCAGUGAUUCCAUCUGUGUCUUUGUCUCAAGUCUGGUGCGCUCAGGCUGUUACAUCACGAGCAUCACGAACAAAGUCAUUUGGAUCAUUUUAUCUCGCCUGUGAGAAACACAACCAUUAGUGGUCCUCUGUAGCUCAAUUGGUAGAGCAUGGCGCUUGUAACGCUAGGGUAGUGCGUUCGAUCCCCGGGACCACCCAUACGUAAAAAUGUAUGCACACAUGACUGUAAGUCGCUUUGGAUAAAAGCGUCUGCUAAAUGGCAUAUUUAUUAUUAUUAUUAGCACGGGCAAGUCUGAUUAAGACUUAACUGUACCACAGCUUCUGCCAUAGACAGCUUCCGCCAUAGAAACAAACGGAUCAUGGCUUUGUGUCCGCGGUUGCACGUUUACAAUGCAGAAAACGCUUGUCUCUAGCCCAAACCGUUAAAAAAAUAAAUACCUAUUUUACCGGAGCUAAAUACAAUUAUUUCUAGAAUGGAUUCGCGGGACGCUCUUAAAGGGGUACACAUCAGUUAUCAUCAUGCAAAUAAACCCUAGUUCAUCUAUUCAAAACAUUUAUCACUAAAAAUAUAUUAUUUGCAGUAUCCAUGGGCGGCGCACAAUUGGUCCAGCGUCGGUAGGGGAGGGUUUGGCCGGCAGGGAUGUGGGUUCGUUUCCCGCGGGGGGCCAGUAUGAAAAAAAAAAAAUGAAAAAAAAAACAUUUUAAAAAACAUGUAUGCAUUCACUAACUGUAAGUUGCUCUGGAUAAGAGCGUCUGCUAAAUGACUAAAAUGUAAAUGUAAAUGUAUCAGAUGAGAUGGAGCUCAUUACCACUAAAUCAAUAAUAGGGACAUUUUAAUUUGCAGCAUAAUUUUUACCCCAUCAAGGUGUGCCACAGUCCAAAAAAUUAUGAGAACCACUGCCCUACAGUACUUCUGCCUGUGACCUAUUGAACUGCAUGUCUUAAAUUGUUUUGGAUUUCAGGUCAGGUCUGUAAGUCAGGGCUCCAGGAUAACAUUUUCCUCUGGUGGCACUUGUGGUCUUAAUAAGGUCUGAAUGAGUGAACCUCCAAUCCCAUGAAUUCUACUAGAGCUCUAUGUAAACUUGUGGCAGUCGGAGACCUUGUUACAGGCCGGAGUUGUCCGUAGCAGGCACAAGGAUACUCUCCCUGAAUUCCCCGAAAUUCCAAAAUUAGGGUUACGUUUAGGGUUAGGAUAAGGGUUAAGGUUAGGCCCAGGGUUAUGGGCUAGUUUGUUGAAACGUUGUAGACAGUUAGUUGAACAUUUACCAACCAACCAUCUAUUUAGGAAAGUGUUACAAUGAUCUCAGAUCAAAGGUUCCUUCCCAAAUGGCACCCUAUUCCCUAUGUAGUGCACUACGUUUGACCAGAGCCCUAUGGGCCCCCUAUGGGACCUGGUUAAAAGUAGUUUACUAUAUGGACACAGGGGCAACAUCAUUCUACUCUGACCGGAUUCCACAUGAACCCUUGUUUGUCCCGUGUCCCAUGUCCCCUCUCUCCUCUCUCCAGGUGCGUUCCAGUUCCCCUACCUGAUAACCCUGGUGUUUGACCCGUGUCCCCUCUCUCCUCUCCCCAGGUGCGUUCCUGAUCCCAUACCUGAUAGCCCUGGUGUUUGACCCAUGCCCCCUCUCUCCUCUCCCCAGGUGCGUUCCUGAUCCCCUACCUGAUAGCCCUGGUGUUUGACCCGUGUCCCCUCUCUCCUUUCCCCAGGUGCGUUCCUGAUCCCCUACCUGAUAGCCCUGGUGUUUGACCCGUGUCCCCUCUCUCCUCUCCCCAGGUGCGUUCCUGAUCCCCUACCUGAUAGCCCUGGUGUUUCAAGGUCUGCCUCUGCUCUAUUUGGAGCUGGCUAUAGGACAGAGGCUCCGCAUGGGCAGCGUCGGAGUCUGGAACUCCAUAUCACCCUACCUGGGAGGAGUAGGUAGGUGAUAAAACCUUGAUGAAGACAGCUUAGCUGUUGAAACGAUGGUUGUAUAAAUUAUUGCAUCGGAGUCAUUAGACUGUGCAGCUUUUUGUCUUUUCUCAGGAGUAGGUGGGCGGCUAAAACUAACAGCCAGACAGGGAAUGUCCCCUACUAGCUGUUGUUCAGUGUUUCUGAUCUACUAUCCUGUGUCCAUCAGGUGUAGCCUCUAUGGUGGUUUCCUUCUGUGUGAGUCUGUUCUACAACACUAUCGUGGCCUGGGUACUCUGGUACCUCUUCAACUCCUUCCAGGAACCCCUGCCCUGGAGCCAAUGUCCCCUCAACCACAACAACACAGGUAUGAAGCGCUUUGAGUCAAUCAGUUGGUAGAAAAAUCGCUAUAUACUGUAAAUCCGAUCAAUUAUUAUUAUUAUUAUUAUUAUUAGUUCAUUCUAGCUCUUUGUUCAUUUGUCAGGGACCAUGCACAGUUUGUAGGUUGGACCACAGUUGAAGAAUGAACAGCAAGUGUACAUUAUGUCAUUUGACCAAAGUAAAUGAUCAUUUGAUCCAGGGUACGUGGAGGAGUGUGUAGAAAGCACGCCGGUCAACUACUUCUGGUACCGCCAGACCCUGAACAUCACUCCUAACAUGGACACCAGUGGCUCUCUACAGUGGUGGAUGGUGGUCAGCUUAGGUACCGCAUGGGCUAUCGUUUACAUCUGUUUCAUCAGGGGAAUCGAGACCAUCGGCAAGGUGAGAGGCAGACAGGGUGCUGCAUUUUACCUCUGGGGGGUUAAAGGGUUAAAGUUAGGACUGGGGAGGGGAAGCGCUACUUGGAUCUGUGCCAAUCUUUUAGAAAAAGAAUGAAAAUAUUAUUAAACGGUUAAGAAUGGUAAUUCAUAAAGGCAAUAAGGAAUUUGUUGUCCUGGGUAUUGUGCUACGGCAAACUGGCUUUUAGAAUAUUCUAAUUACAUCAGCCAACUUUGGAAUGUUGAUCUUCGUUGGAGUUUGUUGUUGCAGUGUGGAAGCGGCGCUAAACAAUAUGCCCUUCCAUCACCUGUCUUAUUACAGGCUGUGUAUGUAACAGCAACGUUCCCCUACCUGGUACUGACCAUCUUUCUGGUGAGAGCCCUGACCCUACCUGGAGCUUCUGAAGGACUAAUAUACCUGUUCACACCUGACGUGAGUCCUGUGUGUGUGUGUGUGUGUGUCUGUGUCAGAGAGCGAGAGAGACAACACUGUAUAUAUACAUAAUAUGACAUUUGAAAUGUCUUUAUUCUUUUGAAACUUCUGAGUGUAAUGUUUACUGUUAAUAUUUAUUGUUUAUUUCACUUUUGUUUACUAUCUACUUCACUUGCUUUGGCAAUGUUAACACACGUUUCCCAUGCCAAUAAAGCCCUUAAAUUGAAAUUGAAUUGAGAGACAGAGAGACAGAGACAGAGAGAGAGAGAGAGAGAGAGAGAGAGAGAGAGAGAGAGAGAGAGAGAGAGAGAGAGAGAGAGACAGACAGAGAAGAGAGAGACUAUAUGAGAUAUAUUUAGACUAUUCUAUAGUAUGCAGGAUUAUAUAUAUAUCUAUUCUUAUCUAGCAUAUCCGAAUAUUCAUAUCCAAUAUCUAUAACCUAAUAUAUAGACGAUUAUCUAUCUAUCCAUAGCUAACUAUCUCUAUUCUAUAUAUAUCUCUCUUCUCUCUCUCCUUCUCUCUCUCUCUCUCCCUCUCUCUCUCCUCUCUCUUCUCUCUCUUCUCUCCUUAUAUAGAGCUACAGAGACAUAGGGAAGUGACGUGUCUUGACAAUCCACCUCAAUUGUAAUAGUAUGUGUGUUUCUUCCUGUGUCUCAUCAGUGGGAGAUCCUGAAGAACCCCCAGGUAUGGCUGGAUGCUGCCACUCAGAUCUUCUUCUCUCUGUCAGUGGCCUUUGGUGGACUCAUCUCAUUCUCCAGUUACAACAGCCUCAAGUAAGCCCAAUGGUCAAUCAUUAUUAGUAACAUCAACCAUUAUUGGUCCAGCAAGUCAUUCGUCCCCGCCAAGGCAGGUUAUUUACCAUAUCGUUCACCUCCCUCGACAAUCCUCCCUCGCUGUUCCGCCAUUGACCAAGAAUUUGCAUUCCCUUUGUUUUUCUUGUCUGUGUGUUUUGUCAGGAAUGACUGUGAGAGGGAUGCUGUUGUAGUGGGGGUUAUAAACAGUGCCACAUCUAUCUAUGCCUCCAUCCCCAUCUUUGCCAUCCUGGGAUUCAAGGCUCACACCAACUAUGUCACCUGUCUGAAUGGGUAGGUGUGAUACAAUAUUUAGUUUAUUUGGCAACAUUUGCGCUAGCUAAAUCAUGAAACUAUCCCCAUUUAGGCCUAGAGUUUACAUUCAAGUUUCUUGAACCUUUAUAUUCUACCUUCUGUGUUUGAUAUCCUCUGGAAAAGCAGAUGCAAACUCAACCAAAACAAAUGACCAAUAUGUUUCUUUUGUUGUAACUUACAGUAACAUCUUAGCACUGACCAAUGAGUUUGAGAUUAGCGACAUGAACAUAACGGUUGAAAACUACGACCAGUGGUUUGACUCUUUAAAUGGGACACAUCCAGCUAGAGUAUCCGAUCUCAACCUGAAGACAUGCGACCUGCAAACCUUCUUGGAUCAGGUACUAUGCUCAGGAGUUAAACUACCUCAGGGUAAAAAACUACCUCAGGGCAAACAUGGGUUGAGUCAAGUUGUUAUUGAAUUUACACACGCUGCAUCAAAGAAGCUAAUUGGUUGUCUUGUUUUCCUCAAUCCAGAGUGCGUCUGGUACUGGGUUAGCGUUCAUCGUGUUCACAGAAGCGGUGAUAUCGAUGCCUGGCUCUCAGGUAUGGGCUGACCCUUUGUUUUAUUUUUGUAUUACUUCUUUAAAAAAAAGUAUGGUUCAAAUUCAGAGACAACUCUGCGUGAAAUCCAGUUAAAUACAGCUGGAUUUGAUUCAAUUCCUGUCUGACCAGGUGUGGGCUGUGUUUCCUGUCUGUUUGACCAGGUGUGGGCUGUGCUCUUCUUCGUAAUGCUGUUCAGUCUGGGUCUGUCCUCCAUGUUUGGUAAUCUGGAAGGCGUCCUCACGCCCCUUCAUGACCUCAAACUGGUGCCCAAGUGGAUGCCCAACGAGCUGUUCACAGGUAAAAGCCAACAAGGAAAUGAUCAGAUUUUUGAACGUUUCGAUAUUGAAUCAUGUUGGACAGACUGCAGCACUGGCUUACCCCUUGCCAAUGUGUGACGAAUAACUGUUAUUUUGGGAAUGAUCUUAACACCAUAUUGGUUUUCUCCGUCCCUCCGUCCACUCUCCUCCCACUUUCUCUCUCCAGCAUUGAUCUGCCUGGUGUCGUUCCUGUUGGCUCUGUUAUUCUGUCUGGGAUCAGGGAACUACUAAGUCUUUGGGAAUUAUCUUAACGCCAUCUUUGGGAAUUAUCUUAACGCCGUCUUUGGGAAUUAUCUUAACGCCGUCUUUGGGAAUUAUCUUAACGCCGUCUUUGUUUUCUCUGUCUCUCCCUCCCUCCCUCACUCCCCACUUUCUUUCUCUCCAGCAAUAAUCUGCCUGGUGUCAUUCCUGUUGGCUCUGAUAUUCUGUCUGGGAUCAGGGAACUACUGGUUGGAGAUCUUUAACAGUUACGUGGGCUCUGUACCUCUCCUCAUCAUCGCCUUCUUUGAGAUCAUCGCUGUGGCCUACGUCUACGGAAUAGGACGGUAAGAGCCUCACAAUACUACAGUUGUCCUGGUUUGAUCUGUAGUGAGUGUCUUCCCACUGGGCACACGCUGGCUGAAUAAACGUUGUUUCAGCGUCAUUUCAAUGAAAUUACUUUGAACCAACGCGGAAUAGACGUUGAAUUGACGUCUGUGCCCAGUGGGUUGUCUUCAGAAUGAGGCAGAUUGCUAGGAACCUCUCAGAGGAACAUGUCUGUCUCCCCAUAUGCAUAUGCCUGUCUAUUGUUUUGUCUAUUAAACCUUUAAAUAUAGUGGUUGUUCACCUUAUCUUUAGGUUCAGGUUUUUCAUUUAUCCUGGUUGGAGGACUAUGGACAUCCUGCUUACUCCCUACUGCAGUUCUUAGGCAUGUGCUUGAUCCUGGAUCAUCUGCAAUUAUUGAACCAGAGUUAUCUGCAGUUCUUAGGCAAUAGCUUUCAUCUGUUCCUCUUCCAUCUCUUCUUCUUUCUUCUGUGCUGAACCUGUAAUGACGAGCAUGUUGUUUUUAAAGCCUCUUCUGACUCUACCCGUUUCUGUCUCCGUAGGUUCAGUGAUGACCUGGAGUUCAUGACAGGACGUAGACCCAACAUCUUCUGGAAGGCUUGCUGGUUGGUCAUCAGCCCUCUGAUGCUGGUCGUCGUGUUGGUGGCGUAUGUUGCCAUCCAGGCCCAGAAACACCCCACCUACCCAGCAUGGAAUCCUGACUAUGUAAGAGCAACGACUGGUAGAUAGCUACAUCUAGGAGUGCAAAAAUCCAGUAACUUUCUCACAUUCCCCAAGAUUUCUAGAAAUCCUGGUUGAAGGAUUCCGGAAUUCCUGCUUAUUCCCUCCUGGUUCCAGGAAUCUUCCAACAGGGAUUUCUGGAAAACAUGGGAGUUUUGGGAAAGUUACCAAAAUGUUGCAACCCAAUCUACAUCAAUAUCAGGAACAUGCAUAUUGUAUUAGUGUGAAGCAUUUCUCUGCUCAGAUCAGCUAGGCUGUAGGUGUCAUUUAAGAGGUUCAAUAGUAGUGUAUGAUAAUUGUUCCUACUAGUAAAGGGGACUUGGGUUUCAGUUGAGAGACAGCCACAGUCAGACGGACACACAGUACUCACAUAAUAAGCAGUGCACUAACAGCCUACAGGGAAUAGGGUGUCAUUUGAGAUAUGCCCUGUGAGAUAUGUCAUUUUUUGCAUGGCAAUUAAGUUGUCUGAUUCUGUCUGUGCAGGUGAACUUCCCCGACACAGAGGUUCUGCCGUAUCCAGACUGGGUGUUUGCCAUCUGUGUCCUGCUGUCUUCAGUCCCAGUUCUCUCCAUCCCCCUCGUGGCCAUCUACAGACUCAUCUGCUGCAUGUCAGGAAGACACUCUAAAGACAAUCUCCACAACGAUCCGAAUCCCUACGCCAACGAAGGCUACGUCGUAGAGCGCUAGACCCUAAAAAGAUACUGUGCUUCCUGCUUGAGCUUUUAUUGUAAGCAGGAAUCAGGAGGACUGUGGCUGAUACUCUGUAUUUAAUCUAUCCUCCUCUGAGCAACACUGUAAAACAACGCUGAGGGAUCGCUGACUUCUCAGACCUUGGUGAAGUAACUGCCUCACAUCAACUGAAAUGGACCUUUACAUUCCUAACACUCAUGAAUCAAAAGGGUGUUUAUUUGUUUUAAUAUUUUUAUAAUGAAGGACGCAUGAUCAGUUGCACUCAAAUUGGACAGUGAAUUUAAAUGUCUCCAGGAUUAGUUUUUAUUUUUAUUAUUCUUUGGGGUGACACAAAGAGGAUUGAAGAGCUGAGAAUCAGUGAAUGUUGGGUUUACCAACUUUGACCAACAAAAAAUUGAUUUAUUAGUCAAAGUAUAGAUUUUUUUGUAUUUAUUUUCUCACACAGAGCAUAAAGAUUAGAGUGAAUGUAAACAGCAUAGAGCUUUCAGUGUAAAUAUAUAGUAUCUAUGCCGUUAUAUUAUCUACUGGAAAUGAAAUUAUAUCUGUGAUAUCUGUACUUCCUUAUUUCUUUCAUAGGACCUACCACUCCUAAACCAUAAACAUUAGAGAUAAUACAGCAAUUAGAUGGAUAAUUAACCUAGGCGUUGAAACCCCGGUAUGAAAGUAUGAAAAGCCUCUUUUAGUUUUACUAAAGCACAAAACAUAAAUAAACAACUUUGUAUUUCAUAUUGGUGGUGUGCUAUAUUACUUAUAUAAAUAUCUACUUUAUUCAGUCACACGUCACUGACACAUAGCCUAGUAGACAGAUCUGUUUGCACUUUAGCUAGCUAACUCCUCUGUCCUGUCCGUUGUCAUGGCACUUUAGCUAGCUAACUCCUCUGUCCUGUCCGUUGUCCUGGCACUUUAGCUAGCUAACUCCUCUGUCCUGUCCGUUGUCAUGGCACUUUAGCUAGCUAACUCCUCUGUCCUGUCCGUUGUCCUGGCACUUUAGCUAGCUAACUCCUCUGUCCUGUCCGUUGUCAUGGCACUUUAGCUAGCUAACUCCUCUGUCCUGUCCGUUGUCAUGGCACUUUAGCUAGCUAACUCCUCUGUCCUGUCCGUUGUCAUGGCACUUUAGCUAGCUAACUCCUCUGUCCUGUCCGUUGUCAUGGCACUUUAGCUAGCCAACUCCUCUGUCCUGUCCGUUGUCAUGGCACUUUAGCUAGCCAACUCCUCUGUCCUGUCCGUUGUCAUGGCACUUUAGCUAGCUAACUCCUCUGUCCUGUCCGUUGUCAUGGCACUUUAGCUAGCUAACUCCUCUGUCCUGUCCGUUGUCAUGGCACUUUAGCUAGCUAACUCCUCUGUCCUUUCCGUUGUCAUGGCAAAUGCUAGCAAGAUAGAAAUAUGACACACUUUGAUGCGACGAAUCAACAGACAAAGUCCAGAGAAAGAAAUGGGAGGAGGUUUUGUGUUGUUGAUCUCACAUUCAAUCUUUAUAGAUUUUUUUUUACAUGGCAUGUUAAAGAGAACUCGUUAUGAUUCAUCCUUAUCACUCUACGGUUUUAUUAUCAAUUUAAUGAUGUUUUGCUCUCUCUCUCUCUCUUUCCUGGUCUUGUGAAAGAGAUGUGUUUUAAAUCAGGUUGUUUGUGACAAGUCAAGGAUCUGCCAAACCUCAGCCCACAUCUUCACCGCAUCCCUAGUUAGACUGUAACCUGGGAUGGUGAAAUAAACCAAUCAGGACCACUCUACGAAUAUAAGUUACACCUGGUACUAAUCACCACCUGCUUUAAAGUACAGUGGUAUCAAAAAUUAAAGGUAGAGCCGAAACAGGAAUAUUAAAACAAAUCCCAAAUGUCCAUAUAUAAACAGACGCAACAAGGCUCCUUCCUACCUGUUUGGGUCUGUCUAGUCUCAAACCCCACCGCAACCUCUCCAGACUUACCUACAGAGAGCCAGAAUGAACUAUGGUGCUUGCUUUCUAAUAACAAAGUAAAGUUUAACCAUUAACCCCAAUUCGUGUCCUAAAUUAAGAAUAAAUACUGUAACUUCACUCUCACAUCAGUGCUGAUAUUGCCACUUUUGUAACAUGACUAUUUAUUGCCUACCAAGCGGGCCUCUCACCUGUAAGGACCUUACUACACAGGACUUCUUAAAAAUACAGCUACGACCGUAAGUGACUUUUAAUAGCCAGUUAGGAGAGCAUUUCCGCUAACCCUAACCCUUUUCCUAACCUUAACCUAAUUCUCCUAACCUGCUAUGUUAAUUAUCCUAACCUGCUGCAUAAGUUCUCCUAACCUGCUAAGACAAGGAGGCUGCUGGAAAACUACAGGGACAUGGGAAAACACUGGAGAAUCGUUAAGAGUUCCCUCACACAUUGACCAUUAACCCUAAUUAGCUACUGUAACUUUACACUCUCAUCAGAUCUUAUUUUGGCGCUUUUGACUUAGACCCUGUGACCCUAUGCAACAGUGUUGCUUCUGUCCAUCUCCUUGCCCCAAGCUGGAUUCAACCAGGGAACCUCUCUUAAAAACACAUCGACAUCUGUCACCCACGAAGCAUCGUUACCCGUCACUCCACAAAAGCAGAGCAAGGGAAACAACUACUUCUUGGCCUUUAGAGUGGGUGACGUCAAACGAUUGAACUGUACUAGUGCACCGCUAACUAGGUAGCCAUUUCACGUCUGCUACACCUACUGAACACCACCCUACUGGAAAACUACAGCGGGACACGGAAAAACACUGGAGACUCAUAGAGCGCCCUCACACAUUAACCAUGUGUUUCAGAUCAGACACUGGAGUAAAGAUACAAACACCCAACCGGUGAAUUCAAGUGGACAAAAGAACAACUGUGUUCCCUCUGUAGAAUAAACAUAGGUUCAGAGUGCUAGGACCUGGGCUAAAACACACUGGACUAAACUGCAAACCAGAGCUUGAUCUACUACUGAGCUAAACUACUGCUGAGAGCUGAGGAUGCCGGAGGAGGGUAUGGAGGAAACCAAAGGGGAAGAGGAGAGACCCAAGUGGAACAACAAGGCAGAGUAUCUGCUGACCUGCAUUGGCUUUGCUGUUGGAGUGGGCAACGUGUGGCGUUUCCCCUACCUCUGCCAGAUCUACGGAGGGGGUAUAGAUGCUUUUACACAUCUUUUCUUUUGUUUUUCACUCCAACUUUGUUCAUGUUAAGCAACUCCUCCGGAGACCUGAGUGGUUGUAGGAUUUGAUGACAUAACUCGAAUUAUUUAACAUUUUAACUUAAAAGGAGAAGUUUAUUUUACAACCUGAAUCUACAUUUUAAAAGUAAAUUCCAUGUUAUCGAAGGGUCCAGACACUUAUUUUGCGAUUUCAAUUGGAUUUGAGAAGAUUACACCACUCGCGAUACACUUCCUCAUUGCUCGUUCUGCAGUACGGAAAAAAACAUGAACAAAGGCUCCAAAAACACCCAAAUACUUCCCUUCAGAAAUGUCAAAGCUCUCAGUACACACGAAAUUGUGUCAUUCUGAACUUUACCCGCAACGUUACAUUCCAUUUUGUUGCGACUCGAGCGAUACCUCUCCGUCCAGUUUGGAAUGACACAAUGAGAUGGUGUACAACAUCUAAAGACCUGCAUCACUAUACUAUAUCUUGUGGUUUCUGUCCAUGUUGUAUCAAUAUGUACUGUACAGACCAACUAGAUAAUGUUUGAGGAUACUUGGCAGGCACUUUUGUACAGAGGAACUUACAGUAGUCAAACAUUAUCUACUCCGUUUAUAUAUCUGAAUACAUAAUGAACAGAAACUGCGUGAUUGUGGCUUAGAAGGGUUAUCUGAGAUAUGUCAGCCACUGCCAGUCUUCUAUGCUCAUAGGCUCUACUACAACACCAGGCUUCUAUUCUCAUAGGCUCUCCUACAAUACCAGGCUUCUAUUCUCAUAGGCUCUCCUACAAUACCAGGCAUCUAUUCUCAUAGGCUCUACUACAACACCAGGCUUCUAUUCUCAUAGGCUCUCCUACAAUACCAGGCUUCUAUUCUCAUAGGCUCUCCUACAACACCAGGCUUCUAUUCUCAUAGGCUCUCCUACAACACCAGGCUUCUAUUCUCAUAGGCUCUCCUACAAUACCAGGCUUCUAUUCUCAUAGGCUCUCCUACAAUACCAGGCUUCUAUUCUCAUAGGCUCUCCUACAAUACCUGGCUGAUGUUUAGGUCUUAAACACAAUCACUAUGCUAGGGUUUAACACUGGAAGAGCACUAUGCUAGGGUUUAACACUGGAAGUGCAGACGACAUCUUUGGAAAGUCAUGUGAAUUUAAAAUUGUAAUAUCUCUGCCAUUUUAAAGUCACGUCCCUCUCAGUCUGACGUUUCCUACAAAAAUAUAUUUAACACACUGACGUUGUUAGAAUUUCAAUAUCACAAACAUUAUGUUUUAUAAGCAGUUUUGGAGGCCAUGCCAUUUUCCCCCACUGCCCUUCCUUCACCCGACAGUUGGCUGCCCAUCCAAACUUCACCUACUAUAUAAAACAAAUUUCACACAUAGGCCUAUAAUAAUAGAUGCAGCCUAAAGACUAGAUUAAAUUGACAAUAGUCAACAAUUAUCAAUGUUGUUGUGAAUGAAGAGACUGACGAACAGCACAGCGUGUAAUAGACAGAAAAGAUCAAAUAUACUUUUUGCAAAUCAGACUACAGAUGUUCAUGUAGGUCAGACGUUUAUUUUGAGUUUAUGGCACAUGGUAUUCCUGGCGGUCUCCCAUCCUGGUACUAACCAGCCCCCCCAGGUCCCUUGGCUCAUCUCUGCAACUCCUCCAUGGGCUCGGGAGAGGCGAACGUCGAGUCAUGCGUCCUCCGAAACAUGACCCACCUGGCCGCCUACUUCUUAUCACACUGAUCGCUUAAUCCGGAUGUCAGCCGCACCAAUGUGUCGGAGGAAACCCAGUUCGACUGAUGACCGGGGCUUGCAGGCGUCACAAGGAGUCGUUAGAGCACCAUGAGCCAAGGAAAAAGCCCCACCGGCCAAACCCUACCCCGGACAGCACUGGGCCAAACCCUCCCCCGGACAGCACUGGGCCAAACCCUACCCCGGACAGCACUGGGCCAAACCCUCCCCCGGACAGCACUGGGCCAAACCCUCCCCCGGACAGCACUGGGCCAAACCCUCCCCCGGACAGCACUGGGCCAAACCCUACCCCGGACAGCACUGGGCCAAACCCUACCCCGGACAGCACUGGGCCAAACCCUCCCCCGGACAGCACUGGGCCAAACCCCCCCCCGGACAGCACUGGGCCAAACCCUACCCCGGACAGCACUGGGCCAAACCCUACCCCGGACAGCACUGGGCCAAUUGUGCACCGUCCUAGGGGGCUCCCGGUCACGGCCGGUUGUGACACAGGCUGGGAUCGAACCCCAGGCUGUAGUGGCGCCUCAGCACUGCGGUGCAGUGCUUUUGACCGAUGCGGCACCCAGGACCCUGGACGUUUUGAUUUCUAUAACCUAUCAGAAAAAGCAUAUUCUAAAGUUUUGAAAAUACCAACAUUUGCCAAACAACUCUCAAAAUUGAGCAGAUUGGGAUCUAUUUCAAAAUAUCACUUUUAUAGAAUAACUGCAAUUCCAUGCGUUCCACAGCAGCAUAUAGUCUAUGCUAUAAGCACAGAACAUAAUAAAACAAAAACUAUGCUAUUCUGUUCUUUUGAAAUACAUUUUCUUAGUUUCAUAACGUUUCUUAAGAACUGCCUAAACAAAAUAAUAUUGGAUUAUGGUGUAUAUUAACACUUGCAGUGUUUUUAGUGGUUUUUAGUUUUUACAUAUAGCCUAUAGUAACAUUAACUAAUUAAAAUGCUAUUGUGCACUUUGAAAUAGUUUGCUUUUUAAUUCUAAUGUUACGUAAGACCAUAAACAGAACCAAAGGAUUAGCAUAUACAACAUUUAUUUAAUAAUAAUAAUAAUAAUAAUAAUAAUAUGCCAUUUAGCAGACGCUUUUACCCAACGCGACUUAUUAGGCAGUUAGUGUUGACGCCCCAAAGACACAGCAUUAGCCUGAACUGGGAUGCCUCGAGGCUUGGCUGUUCUACUGUUAACCCUUAUCCCAACCAGGGGCUAUGGGGGAGGGUAUCGUAGACCUGACUGUAUAUCUGGGUCUACUGGUCAACUCCCGGAUCAAUGAGGUCACAAUGUCAAGUUUAAAUUGUGGUCCUCUUGUAGCUCAAUUGGUAGAGCACGGCGCUUGUAACGCCAGGGUAGUGGGUUCGAUCCCCGGGACCACCCAUAUGUUAAAAUGUAUACACACGACUGUAAGUCGCUUUGGAUAAAAGCGUCUGCUUCAGACCUGACCCAAAUCCAUUACAAUAUAAAAUGGAGGCCAAUAUGUCACAUAAGAAAGAACUGUGUACAUUUAAUGAGAAUUUGUAUGGUGUUCAUGAGUAAAAUAAGUAACUGGCCUAUAAGGUUUGAGGUUAUACGGUUAGGGAACAGCUACUGAACAUCUACAAACUGUUACCCCUGAUCAAAAGCCUGGGGACAACUUCAUUCUACUCUGACCUGGUUUCACAUUGGACCCGUCUGUCCAGUCCCCCUCUCCUCUCCCCAGGUGCGUUCCAGUUCCCUUACCUGAUAGCCCUGGCAGUUAGCCUCUUAAGGUUCCAGGGUUUAAGUUUAGGGUUAAUGGAUAGUUAGAUGAAAUGUUGUUGACAGUUAGUUCAACAUCUACUGAACAUCUCUUUACCCAGGUGCGUUCCAGUUCCCCUACCUGAUAGCCCUGGUGUUUGACCCGUGUCCCCUCUCUCCUCUCCCCAGGUGCGUUCCUGAUCCCCUACCUGAUAGCCCUGGUGUUUGACCCGUGUCCCCUCUCUCCUCUCCCCAGGUGCGUUCCUGAUCCCCUACCUGAUAGCCCUGGUAUUUGUCCCCCUCUCUCCUCUCCCCAGGUGCGUUCCUGAUCCCCUACCUGAUAGCCCUGGUGUUUGACCCGUGUCCCCUCUCUCCUCUCCCCAGGUGCGUUCCUGAUCCCCUACCUGAUAGCCCUGGUAUUUGUCCCCUCUCUCCUCUCCCCAGGUGCGUUCCUGAUCCCCUACCUGAUAGCCCUGGUGUUUGACCCGUGUCCCCUCUCUCCUCUCCCCAGGUGCGUUCCUGAUCCCCUACCUGAUAGCCCUGGUAUUUGUCCCCUCUCUCCUCUCCCCAGGUGCGUUCCUGAUCCCCUACCUGAUAGCCCUGGUGUUUGACCCGUGUCCCCUCUCUCCUCUCCCCAGGUGCGUUCCUGAUCCCCUACCUGAUAGCCCUGGUGUUUGACCCGUGUCCCCUCUCUCCUCUCCCCAGGUGCGUUCCUGAUCCCCUACCUGAUAGCCCUUGUGUUUCAGGGUCUGCCUCUGCUCUAUCUGGAGCUGGCUAUUGGACAGAGGCUCCGCAUGGGCAGCAUCGGAGUCUGGAACUCCAUAUCACCCUACCUGGGAGGACUAGGUAGGUGAUGAAACCUUGAUGAAGACAGCUUAGCUGUUGAAACGAUGGUUGAAUAAAUUAUUGCAUCAGAGUCACUGUGCAGCUUUUUGUCUUUCCUCAGGAGUAAGUGGGCGGCUAAAACUAACAGCCAGACAGGGAACGUCCCCUACUAGCUGUUGUUCAGUGUUUCUGAUCUACUAUCCUGUGUCCAUCAGGUGUAGCCUCUAUGAUGGUGUCCUUCUGUGUGAGUCUGUUCUACAACACUAUCGUGGCCUGGGUACUCUGGUACCUCUUCAACUCCUUCCAGGAACCCCUGCCCUGGAGCCAAUGUCCCCUCAACCACAACAACACAGGUACAGAGGCUUGCGAAAGUACACUGCUCAAAAAAAUAAAGGGAACACUUAAACAACACAAUGUAACUCCAAGUCAAUCACACUUCUGUGAAAUCAAACUGUCCACUUAGGAAGCAAAACUGAUUGACAAUAAAUUUCACAUGCUGUUGUGCAAAUGGAAUAGACAACAGGUGGAAAUUAUAGGCAAUUAGCAAGACACCCCCAAUAAAGGACUGGUUUUGCAGGUGGUGACUACAGACCACUUCUCAGUUCCUAUGCUUCCUGGCUGAUGUUUUGGUCACUUUUGAAUGCUGGCGGUGCUUUCACUCUAGUGGUAGCAUGAGACGGAGUCUACAACCCACACAAGUGGCUCAGGUAGUGCAGCUCAUCCAGGAUGGCACAUCAAUGCGAGCUGUGGCAAGAAGGUUUGCUGUGUCUGUCAGCGUAGUGUCCAGAACAUGGAGUCGCUACCAGGAGACAGGCCAGUACAUCAGGAGACGUGGAGGAGGCCGUAGGAGGGCAACAACCCAGCAGCAGGACUGCUACCUCCGCCUUUGUGCAAGGAGGAGCACUGCCAGAGCCCUGCAAAAUGACAUCCAGCAGGCCACAAAUGUGCAUGUGUCUGCUCAAAUGGUCAGAAACAGACUCCAUGAGGGUGGUAUGAGGGCCCGACGUCCACAGGUGGGGGUUGUGCUUACAGCCCAACACCGUGCAGGACGUUUGGCAUUUGCCAGAGAACACUAAGAUUGGCAAAUUCGCCACUGGCGCCCUGUUCUCUUCACAGAUGAAAGCAGGUUCACACUGAGCACACGUGACAGAGUCUGGAGACGCCGUGGAGAACGUUCUGCUGCCUGCAACAUCCUCCAGCAUGACCGGUUUGGCGGUGGGUCAGUCAUGGUGUGGGGUGGCAUUUCUUUGGGGGGCCGCACAGCCCUCCAUGUGCUCGCCAGAGGUAGCCUGACUGCCAUUAGGUACGGAGAUGAGAUCCUCAGACCCCUUGUGAGACCAUAUGCUGGUGGGGUUGGCCCUGGGUUCCUCCUAAUGCAAGACAAUGCUAGACCUCAUGUGGCUGGAGUGUGUCAGCAGUUCCUGCAAGAGGAAGGCAUUGAUGCUAUGGACUGGCCCGCCCAUUCCCCAGACCUGAAUCCAAUUGAGCACAUCUGGGACAUCAUGUCUCGCUCCAUCCACCAACGCCACGUUGCACCACAGACUGUCCAGGAGUUGGCGGAUGCUUUAGUCCAGGUCUGGGAGGAGAUCCCUCAGGAGACCAUCCGCCACCUCAUCAGGAGCAUGCCCAGGCGUUGUAGGGAAGUCAUACAGGCACGUGGAGGCCACACACACUACUGAGCCUCAUUUUAACUUGUUUUAAGGACAUUACAUCAAAGUUGGAUCAGCCUGUAGUGUGGUUUUCCACUUUAAUUUUGAGGGUGACUCCAAAUCCAGACCUCCAUGGGUUGAUAAAUUUGAUUUCCAUUGAUAAUUUUUGUGUGAUUUUGUUGUCAGCACAUUCAACUAUGUAAAGAAAAAAGUAUUUAAUAAGAUUAUUUCAUUCAUUCAGAUCUAGGAUGUGUUAUUUUAGUGUUCCCUUUAUUUUUUUGAGCAGUGUAUAUAUAGAGAGAGAGACAGCGAGAGAGACAUACAGUGGGGAGAACAAGUAUUUGAUACACUGCCGAUUUUGCAGGUUUUCCUACUUACAAAGCAUGUAGAGGUCUGUCAUUUUUAUCAUAGGUACACUUCAACUGUGAGAGACGGAAUCUAAAACAAAAAUCCAGAAAAUCACAUUGUAUGAUUAAGUAAUUCAUUUGCAUUUUAUUGCAUGACAUAAGUAUUUGAUACAUCAGAAAAGCAGAACUUAAUAUUUGGUACAGAAACCUUUGUUUGCAAUUACAGAGAACAUACGUUUCCUGUAGGUCUUGACCAGGUUUGCACACACUGCAGCAGGGAUUUUGGCCCACUCCUCCAUACAGACCUUCUCCAGAUCCUUCAGGUUUCGGGGCUGUUGCUGGGCAAUACAGACUUUGAGCUCCCUCCAAAGAUUUUCUAUUGGGUUCAGGUCUGGAGACUGGCUAGGCCACUCCAGGACCUUGAGAUGCUUCUUACAGAGCCACUCCUUAGUUGCCCUGGCUGUGUGUUUCGGGUCGUUGUCAUGCUGGAAGACCCAUCUUCAAUGCUCUUACUGAGGGAAGGAGGUUGUUGGCAAAGAUCUCGCGAUACAUGGCCCCAUCUAUCCUCCCCUCAAUACGGUGCAGUCGUCCUGUCCCCUUUGCAGAAAAGCAUCCCCAAAGAAUGAUGUUUCCACCUCCAUGCUUCACGGUUGGGAUGGUGUUCUUGGGGUUGUACUCAUCCUUCUUCUUCCUCCAAACACGGCGAGUGGCGUUUAGACCAAAAAGCUCUAUUUUUGUCUCAUCAGACCACAUGACCUUCUCCCAUUCCUCCUCUGGAUCAUCCAGAUGGUCAUUGGCAAACUUCAGACGGGCCUGGACAUGCGCUGGCUUGAGCAGGGGGACCUGCUAUUUUGUUGCCUUACAACCUGUAAUUAAAAUGGAUUUUUUGGGGGUUUGUAUCAUUUGAUUUACACAACAUGCCUACCACUUUGAAGAUACAAAUAUUUUUUUUUGCGAAACAAACAAGAAAUGAGACAAAAUAAACAGUAAACUUGUGCGUGCAUAACUAUUCACCCCCCCAAAGUCAAUACUUUGUAGAGCCACCUUUUGCAGCAAUUACAGCUGCAAGUCUCUUGGGGUAUGUCUUUAUAAGCUUAGCACAUCUAGCCACUGGGAUUUUUGCCCAUUCUUCAAGGCAAAACUGCUCCAGCUCCUUCAAGUUGGAUGGGUGCCGCUGGUGUACAGCAAUCUUUAAGUCAUACCAUAGAUUCUCAAUUGGAUUGAGGUCUGGGCUUUGACUAGGCCAUUCCAAGACAUUUAAAUGUUUCCCCUUAAACCACUCAAGUGUUGCUUUAGCAGUAUGCUUAGGGUCAUUGUCCUGCUGGAAGGUGAACCUCCAUCCCAGUCUCAAAUCUCUGGAAGACUGAAAAAGGUUUCCCUCAAGAAUUGCCCUGUAUUUAGCGCCAUCCAUCAUUCCUUAAAUUCUGACCAGUUUCCCAGUCCCUGCCGAUGGUGUUCUCGGGGUGAUGAGAGGUGUUGGGUUUGCGCCAGACAUAGUGUUUUCCUUGAUGGCCAAAAACUCAAUUUUAGUCUCAUCUGACCAGAGUACCUUCUUCCAUAUGUUGGGGGAGUCUCCCACAUGCCUUUUGGCCAACACCAAACGUGUUUGCUUAUUUUUUUCUUUAAGCAAUGGCUUUUUUCUGGCCACUCUUCCGUAAAGCCCAGCUCUGUGGAGUGUACGGCUUAAAGUGGUCCUAUGAACAGAUACUCCAAUCUCUGCUGUGGAGCUUUGCAGCUCCUUCAGGGUUAUCUUUGGUCUCUUUGUUGCCUCUGAUUAAUGCCCUCCUUGCCUGGUCUGAGAGUUCUGGUGGGCGGCCCUCUCUUGGCAGUUUUGUUGUGGUGCCAUAUUCUUUCCAUUUUUUAUUAAUGGAUUUAAUGGUGCUCCGUGGGAUGUUCAAAGUUUCGGAUGAUUUUAUAACGCAACCCUGAUCUGAACGUCUCCACAACUUUGUCCCUUACCUGUUUGGAGAGCUCCUUGGUCUUCAUGGUGUUGCUUGCUUGGUGGUGCCCCUUGCUUAGUGGUGUUGCAGACUCUGGGGCAUUUCAGAACAGGUGUAUAUAUACACUGAGAUCAUGUGACAGAUCAUGUGACACUUAAAUAAAGUCCACCUGUGUGCAAUCUAAAUAAUUAUGUGACUUCUGAAGGUAAUUGGUUACACCAGAUCUUAUUUAGGGGCUUCAUAGCAAAGGGGUGAAUACAUAUGGGGGCGGCAGGUAGCUUAGUGGUUAAGAGCGUUGUGCCAGUAACCGAAAGGUCGCUGGUUCUAAUCCCCGAGCCGACUAGGUGAAAAACCUGUCGAUGUGCCCUUGAGCAAGGCACUUAACCCUAAUUGCUCCUGUAAGUCGCUCUGGAUAAGAGCGUCUGCUAAAUGACCAAUUUAUUUAUAUUUAUUUAUAUAUGCACGCACCACUUUUCCGUGAUUUAAUUUUUUGAAAUGUUUGAAAAGACAUUUUUUUAUUUUUUCACUUCAUCAAUUUGGACUAUUUUGUGUAUGUCCAUUACAUGAAAUCCAAAUAAAAAUCCAUUUAAAUUACAGGUUGUAAUGCAACAAAAUAGGAAAAACACCAAGAGGUUGAAUACUUUUGCAAGGCACUGUAUGAAUCGCUAUAUAAAUCCGAUCAAUUAUUAUUAUUAUUAUUAUUAUUAGUUAAUUCUAGCUCUUUGUUCAUUUGUCAGGGACCAUGCACAGUUUGUAGGUUGGACCACAGUUGAAAAAUGAACAGCAAGUGUACAUUAUGUAAUUUGACCAAAGUAAAUGAUCAUUUGAUCCAGGGUACGUGGAGGAGUGUGUAGAAAGCACGCCGGUCAACUACUUCUGGUACCGCCAGACCCUGAACAUCACUCCUAACAUGGACACCAGUGGCUCUCUACAGUGGUGGAUGGUGGUCAGCUUAGCUACCGCCUGGGCUAUCGUUUACAUCUUGUUUUUAAAAAGGGAACGAGACCAUGGAAAGAGGCAACAGUUCUGAACCCUGUAGCCGGUACAAACACCAAAUUUGUCAUUGCCAAUUUUAAAGUUGCUCUUGGACGUUGUUUGGAGGGUAAAAAUUUAUAUUUUAUAAAGGCUUGAGAAAAAAUUCCCGUUUAGCCACCGUGUGGGCCCCGACCUCUGGGUUUAACCAAUGCCGAACCCGGUAGCUUUUUUUUUUGAGUUGGUGGUUUAGCUUGUGUUUUGUGGGGGGCGAUCAACCAAAUAGUUUGAUAUGUUUCAUGAAUACCUAGUUUUCCCGCAACAUUUUUCAAAGUUUUAAUCAGCCCUUGUAAAGGAGGAGGUAUGGAAGGUGUCAACCCAUGCUCUAAAAAAGCCUGUCACUUUUAAACAGAAAAAGUAACCAAAUUGCAACCCCCAGAAUGUGAUCUUCGUUAGUUUUCCCAAGGGCUAAAAAAAUUUGCCCCCUUUCCAUCCCUGUCUUUACGGCGUUUAAGUAACCCAACGUUCCCCUACCUGUUGACCAGCUUUUCUUUUGGUAAGCCCCGCCCCAACUGGACUUUAUUAUAUUACUUUUACACCACGUAGCCUUUUGUGGUUGUUGAAAUCUUUUUUGAGUCUUUGUUUUGGGGUUGGGGUGAGGUAGGCCUUGCUCAAGGACAUCGUAGCGGCUCGGGUUAAAACCCCACCUUUGUUCGGCACCCCCUUUCCAUAAACCGACUAGUUUAAGGAUGCACCUUUAUAGCAGCUUCACCGUAAAAGUGCAAGUAUUUGAUCCUGUCCCAAACCUUGCCAUAGUUUUACUCCUUUUUCAAUUAUUGCAGAGAGAGGCUAACCAGGAUAAAAUGCACCUUAGCUAAAACAACGAAUAAUGCAAAAUUUGUGAAGUUUAAAUUCAUGUUUUUCCUAAAACUUUCCAUGUCAUUGGUACGCCUGUUGUCCGAUCCGUUUAAAAGCUGACCAAACGUAGGACAACGCUCACAAUUAUUUGGGAAAUUGACAAUUUGCAUUUAGUCAAGCGACGCUCAUUUUAAGCCCAAACCAUUGAGCUUAGGUUCUGUCAAACACUCAGAAGUCCAUCCUCUAUUACUUGGCACCUGCUUUGUGAACAACGGUGUAACCACGGGAAAACUUUCUUCCCCCUUCAGAAGAAAACUAAACGAAUAAAGACAAUACACGUUUAUCACUGUUACGAGCUUGCUAAACAGAGGUAACUUACUGAAUGAAUUAGGGCAGGUAAGGUAGCCUAUAGUACAUAACGAAAAUAUAAGCAACUCAACAAUUUUCAAAUAUGGUUUCGUUAUAUAAGAUCAGGGCAUUUUAUUGGUCACAACUGGUUUCACAUGCCUGGAUACAAAUGCAUCUGUUUGGCCAUACCUUUUAAAAAAAACAGGUGUGAUCAGAAACCAUCUCCCAAAAUACAUUGUAGACUUUUUUGACUGGGGUGUUUCCCCACUCUCUUCCCAAUGCUUUGGUUUCUUGGGAAUUGAGGGAACUAACAGCUUUAACCCCGUCAAACCCGGCAUCCCAAUUCUAAUAAUUGUCCCUGCCGAAACAACAGGGGAACCUACAUUUAAAUGCUUACUUUUCAAAGUUUAAAAAUUCCAUUUAUGUUAACAGGCUUUUUAAAUGUAGGAACGUUUGGCUAGAAUUGCCCUGAGGUUGCCGUUCGGUACAGGAACACUAUGACUGUCUGGAGCUUUGACAAUUUUUAGGCUUUUGACAAACCCCAUAAGUAUGGAUCAGGAAGCUUGCCCAUAAAUCUGUCCUCAUCUGGGUCGGACACAUUGCCUGCAUACACUAUGCCUCGAUUUGGCAGCGUUACUUUUCAAACCCCCAAAACCACCUGGGGAUAGGUGGGGCCCUCUUCACUACAUUUUUCCUUGGUGGUUUGAACCUAAUUGGUGGGGAUUGACAACCAAAGGGAAAUGAAACUAACCUGUCCAAUCACGUCAUGAGAAGCAUCCCUCUUUUUAUAAAGUUAAACAAUUCCCCGUUUGACUAAUUUAAAUUUUUAUUACCAGGCCGGCUUAAAAACCCCUAUGUUCCAUGUUGCGUGAGUCAUAUCCAUGUUGGUCAGGUAAUUAAUGAUUUAGCUUGGCAUCAGUCUUGGUGAACAAACAGAACUACCGCACCCCGGGAACCUUUGAAAAGGGUACAGAUUUUGUUUCUACCCUUAUCAGGGGGGCUGAAAGUAGAUCCCUUAGGGAGUGUUUAACUAGGGUCCUGCUUAAUAAGGAAGCUUUAGGGCCCCAUUUUGAAAACCUAUAAACAAUGGGAACAACAUUCCUUCACUCAGGUGCUUUUUGGGCUAGGGGAAGGGCAGUGAGUUUCAAUGGUGCACCUUUUUGGGGGCUUGCUGGAUGGGCAGGCUGGGGAAGGGGUUUGUCCAUACCCGCCUCAAGCACUCAGCUCAGACUUGAUGUGCAAUUGGGUAAUACAUUUAGCAGGUACCUAAGGUGGGGGAAGCUAUUGGGCUCUUAAACAUAUUGGUAUUGCCAUCGGGGGUUGUUCAUGGGCUUCCUUGGUGGGUGGGGAACGCUGUAUAUUGUGGGCCUUUGUUGACCUUUUAAAAAACCUUCACACGUAACGCUGUCCACACAGCGUCGAGAAAGUUGCUAGGCGUGGUGAUUCUUGAAUUUUUGAUGGCGGAACUCAUUCUGUACAUAGAUCAGGCAUUAGAGCUAGUGCAUCCGGCAGACAAGCAUUAGGGGCAGUCCUUGUCCCAAAGGAUUUCAUCCUACAGCCCUUUCCAGGGUCCGUGCACUUAAUUGGGGGUUACUAUGCCGUAAUGGGAUAACAUUAUUCAGGCUUCAUGACACCCCUGAGAGUCCCUGGGAAAGGAGAAGUUUUGGCCCUAUGUACCACCUGGGGGCGACGCAUCGAAAGUCCUGCCUUUGCGGUAUGGGCCAAGUGCCAACCAUGGAUGGGGCCACGGACCGGGUUGAAGUGACGUAUCAAUGAACAACUCCUCCCGGUGCCCUUCCCUUUCCCAGGGGAAAUGCCAAUUGGAGUGCAAUUCAGAUCUGUUCUUGUUGGUUGGGACCCAUGAUGUUUGGGUAUGGCACGGAAAUUUGAAGGUAGCCUGCCACUUCAAACCCUGGUCGAAAUGAGAUGGGGUCGGGCCGUAUCAUUUCCAGUGAUUUGUUCAUUGGCAAACAGCUCCUUUGGGUCGACUCAGUUGGGAGAGGUUUUUUAUGCGGGAUCGCCAGUGGGCUCGACCUGCCUUCCGUCUUGGUGACCAUCGUGUCUUGUAUGACCGGGAAUUUUUUUCAUCCAACUUAGACGGUGUUAGUCCGGCUGAAACAUGGCUUCAGUGUGUGACCCUGCGUACUGGGUGGUGGGGUUUCCUCCUGGAAGGGCUUUGCCCGUGUCUGGUCUCAAGCGUGGAAUGUUUGCAUGUUGUGUACCUUUGCUUGACCACCUGGGCUUCAGUCCUAGGAAGACCAGAUCCCUUCAGAUGGUGUUUUCCCCAACAUGGUCCUAAUUACGACCUGACUUAGGACUAGGUGUUAAUCUUGGGCAUUAAGUCACGUGAAUAAAUUUAUUUUGACUAGGUGUCUUUCCACUCCAUGUGCCCAAUCAAUGGGAUUUGUUCACCAAGAUUGCCCCUCCCAAGUCUGUUGGGAAAACUGAUUCGAAAAGCCCUGGUUUUGCUCUAGCCGGAAAUUGAAUAAGGUGUUAUUUAAGAUACAUUUCCAGCUAAAACCAGUUUGGCCUCCAAGGUGAGUCAUAUGGUCCCUGAAUCAUUUUAGAUGCGGUCUCUUAAUGUUCAAAUUGGAAAGUCGAACUUUUGUUGUUUGCAAGAGGGAUUAAACAUUUUUGGUACAGACUCAAAAUAGGAUUUAAGGCUUAACUGUUGUGAAGAUUUGCAAGUUUGGUUCCGCAUGUUGAUGACAAAGCCUGGUCAGCAUUUGUCGUCCGAGUUUUUUACGCGUGUUCGGUCUUCCGAUCGCCACUCAGUUCUUCCCUUUGGACCCCGAGGUUAGGGCCCUUUGGCUGAAUGGGCCUGGGGAAGCUUGCCGACUCUUUAAAAUAACCCACAUCCUCGGUAGACGUUUUUAGUCCAAAGCUUUUUCUGCUUAAAAGCUGCGAAUUUUGUGUGAAAAAGUUAAGUCGCGAAAACAGGUUUAUGGGGUUGGGGCCAAAGGCCGUUAGAUUUACCAUAGGGAGGAAGACCAAAGGGGGAAAGAGGGAGGCAGGGAAAAAAUGGUUUCUACGACCCAUGAAUAAAUUGGUUUAAAAUGGUUUUCCUUGUGUUCAAGUGCAUCCAAAACAGGUAUUGCUUGUCUGCCAUUGAUCUUUUUUGUCCUGCCCUUGCCAUCUCCAAACCUUCUCAGUUACAGACAGCCUGUAACCCAAUGGUCUAUUUGUCAUCACCAAUUUGGCCAAUUUCAUUGCCCAAAACAGUUUAAACCAUGGACACCUCGUUUACGCCGUUGACCAAUGAUUCCCUCUUUCUUGAUCUAGAAGUCAACAUGAUUUGGAAGGGGGGGGGGGGGGGGGGGGGGGGGGGGGGGGGGGGGGGGGGGGGGGGGGCCCCCCCCCCCCCCCCCCCCCCCCCCCCCCCCCCCCCCCCCCCCCCCCCCCCUGCUUGGGGGUUUGUUUAAAAAGGGCAGGUUUUUUGGGGGGAAAAAAACACCAAGGGGUUUGCCACCCCCCUCCCAGUCUAUUGCCUCCAUUCCCCGGGAAUCCUUUGCUCAUCCCCCCCGGUAAAAAAAAAAAAAAAAAAAAAAAAAAAAAAAAAAUUUUUUUUUUUUUUUUUUUUUUUUUUUUUUUUUUUUUUUUUUUUUUUUUUUUUAAAAAAAGGCCCUCCCAAAAACCCCCCCCCCCCAACCAACCCCCCCCCCCCCCCCCCCUUUUUCAGUUGGAAUUUCACAGGUGUAUAAAUUGUAGCACAAAGGGAGAUUUAAAACUGCCUAGUAUCUUGGACCAUGAAGUUCUUAUCUUUUAUCAGUCUGUCUUUUUGUCACGCGGGACCUAACCGCACCAAAUGGUAGUGAUUUUCUGGUAAAAUUUUUUAAAAUUACAGAAUUUGGAAAGGAUCGCUGUAUGGUUAUGCCAUGUCGUUGUUUCCAGAUAGAAAAGACGAGGUCCAGAAGUGGGCGAAAGCCAUGAUUGUCUGGUUCACCCAAUUGUGGUAAGGGGUUUUUCUGCCUGGUAUUUAUCGGGUCCGGAUCGCCCGGAUCGUGUCUGCACCGUCUCUUCUCUCUGUCAGUGCUUGGUUGGCCAUCUAUGCUGGGCCAGACAUACAGGGCUCAAGUGCCAUCGUAUCAAUAGAAUCUUCAUCCAAUCGGUUGGAUCGCUUUCUGACGUCCAAAAGCUUUUUUCUGUCAUAGAAAAUGCUGACAGAAAUAUUAUGUAGAAAACAAAGUUAAGAUCAGCGUAAAAAAAGGGUGAUAGGGCUUAAGGGCCAAGUGUUCAGUUUGAGAUUUAGCCAGAGUGAGAAAGAGAGAGACCGAGAGAGAGACCGAGAGAGAGAGAGACAGAGAGAGAGGGAAAGUGACGUGUCUUGACAAUCCACCUCAAUUGUAAUAAUAUGUGUGUUUCUGCCUGUGUGUCUCAUCAGUGGGAGAUCAUGAAGAACCCCCAGGUAUGGCUGGAUGCUGCCACUCAGAUCUUCUUCUCUCUGUCAGUGGCCUUUGGUGGACUCAUCUCAUUCUCCAGUUACAACAGCCUCAAGUAAGCCCAAUGGUCAAUCAUUAUUAGUAACAUCAACCAUUAUUGGUCCAGCAAGUCAUUCGUCCCCGCCAAGGCAGGUAAUUUACCAUAUCGUUCACCUCCCUCGACAAUCCUCCCUCGCUGUUCCGCCAUUGACCAAGAAUUUGCAUUCCCUUUGUUUUCUUGUCUGUGUGUUUUGUCAGGAAUGACUGAGAGGGAUGCUGUUGUAGUGGGGGUUAUAAACAGUGCCACAUCUAUCUAUGCCUCCAUCCCCAUCUUUGCCAUCCUGGGGUUCAAGGCUCACACCAACUAUGUCACCUGUCUGAAUGGGUAGGUGUGAUACAAUAUUUAGUUUAUUUGGCAACAUUUGCACUAGCUAAAUCAUGAAACUAUCCCCAUUUAGGCCUACAGUUUACAUUCAAGUUUCUUUAACCUUUAUGUUCUACCUUCUGGGUUUGAUAUCCUCUGGAAAAGCAGAUGCAAACUCAACCAAAACAAAUGACCAAUAUGUUUCUUUUGUUGUAACUUACAGUAACAUCUUAGCACUGACCAAUGAGUUUGAGAUUAGCGACAUGAACAUAACGGUUGAAAACUACGACCAGUGGUUUGACUCUUUAAAUGGGACACAUCCAGCUAGAGUAUCCGAUCUCAACCUGAAGACAUGCGACCUGCAAACCUUCUUGGAUCAGGUACUAUGCUCAGGAGUUAAACUACCUCAGGGUAAAAAACUACCUCAGGGCAAACAUGGGUUGAGUCAAGUUGUUAUUGAACUUACACACACUGCAUCAAAGAAGCUAAUUGGUUGUCUUGUUUUCCUCAAUCCAGAGUGCGUCUGGUACUGGGUUAGCGUUCAUCGUGUUCACAGAAGCGGUGAUAUCGAUGCCUGGCUCUCAGGUAUGGGCUGACCCUUUGUUUUAUUUUUGUAUUACUUCUUUUAAAAAAACUAUGGUUCAAAUUCAGAGACAACAGUUAAAUACAGCUGGAUUUGAUUCAAUUCCUGUCUGUUUGACCAGGUGUGGGCUGUGUUGUUGAUGUGAUUCCUGUCUGUUUGACCAGGUGUGGGCUGUGCUCUUCUUCGUAAUGCUGUUCAGUCUGGGUCUGUCCUCCAUGUUUGGUAAUCUGGAAGGCGUCCUCACGCCCCUUCAUGACCUCAAACUGGUGCCCAAGUGGAUGCCCAACGAGCUCUUCACAGGUAAAAGCCAACAAGGAAAUGAACUGAUUUUCUAAUGUUUCGAUAUUGAAUAAUUUUGGGCUUAGUUUACCCCUCGCCAAUGUGUGACGAAUAACUGUUCUUUUGGGAAUUAUCUUAACGCCGUCUUGUUUUCUCUCUCCCUCCCUCACUCCCCACUUUCUUUCUCUCCAGCAAUAAUCUGCCUGGUAAUGUUCCUGUUGGCUCUGAUAUUCUGUCUGGGAUCAGGGAACUACUGGUUGGAGAUCUUUAACAGUUACGUGGGCUCCAUUCCUUUUCUCAUCAUCGCCUUCUUUGAGAUCAUCGCUGUGGUCUACGUCUACGGAAUAGGACGGUAAGAGCCUCACAAUACUACAGUUGUCCUGGUUUGAUCUGUAGUGAGUAUCUUCCCACUGGGCACACACGCUGGCUGAAUAAACGUUGUUUCAGCGUCAUUUCAAUGAAAUUACUUUGAACCAACGUGGAAUAGACGUUGAAUUGACGUCUGUGCCCAGCGGGUGGUCUUCAGAAUGGGGCAGAUUGCUAGGAACCUCUCAGAGGAACAUGUCUGUCUCCCCAUAUGCAUAUGCCGGUCUAUUGUUUUGUCUAUUAAACCUUUAAAUAUAGUGGUUGUUCACCUUAUCUUUAGGUUCAGCAUUUUCCACACCUUAAGCAAAUGUACGAUUCCUCUGACACAAUCCACUUGUGACCGACUGGGUUUUGAUCCUGGGUCAUCUGCAAGUGCUUGAUCCUGGAUCAUCUGCAAUUAUUGAACCACGGUUAUCUGCAGUUCUUAGGCAAUAGCUUGGGGAGUUACUCUUUCAUCUGUUCCUCUUCCAUCUCUUCUUCUUUCUUCUGUGCUGAACCUGUAAUGACGAGCAUGUUGUUUUUAAAAGCCUCUUCUGACUCUACCUGUUUCUGUCUCCGUAGGUUCAGUGAUGACCUGGAGUUCAUGACAGGACGUAGACCCAACAUCUUCUGGAAGGUCUGCUGGUUGGUCAUCAGCCCUCUGAUGCUGGUCGUCGUGUUGGUGGCGUAUGUUGCCGUCCAGGCCCAGAAACACCCCACCUACCCAGCAUGGAAUCCUGACUAUGUAAGAGCAACCUUUUCAAACCUCACCUCAGGAACCCCCAGAGUUGCACCCCCCCUUUUGCCCAAAGAACAGCCUGAAUUCAGAUCAGCUUUAAUAUUGAAGAUAGAUUGUGGCUUCAAUCAACUGAAUUGUCUGCAUCAUUUCCAAUUCCAUAUUUUGUUACGUUACAGCCUUAUUCUAAAAUGGAUUUCUAAAAACCUAUUUUUCCUUUCUCAUUAUUGAUGAGAGAAAAAACUACAUUUAGUAACGUAACAAAAUGUGAAUACUUUCAGAAGGCAAAGUAUAUUUACUUUACAUUUGUUGUUUUGUUUAUUUUUUUUGUCAGCUACCGUCAACCCGUCCCAUCUAUCUCUGAAAACUAUCCAGUUUUGUUUUCUAAUUGCCAUAUAUUCUUCAACCGUACUGUGAUGCUUCACAAAAGUUCUGAACCUUUCUAUUCUCAAAGUUUCUACAGAUUGUAAAUGUCACGGAUUCUGCCGAGGCUGCUCCUCCUCCUAGUUCGGGCAGGCUUCGGCGUUCGUCGUCCCCAGAGUACUAGCUGCCACCGUUGAAUGUUUCUAUGUUUGAUUGCUUUUGUCUGUCUAUUACACGUGUGUCCGUUUGUGUCUGAUUACGUGUUCUAUAAGUUGCCUGUUUUGUAUUGGUUAGGUUGUGUGUUGUUUUUCGCCUGUCCGUAGUGCUGCGUGUUUUUUUCUCUGUUUUGUUGUUUUACGCAUAGUUGCGUAAUUGCUCGCCUCUGUUGUUUCGAGGCCGUUCAUUGUAUCUUUGCCUUGUGGUUCACAAGUAAACUUUGUUGGACUAAGCUUCGGUGUCCUGCGCCUGACUCCCACACCACAUACACCUCAGCCUUGACAGAACAACACACCAGUAUGGAGUCAGCAGGAGCAGUGGCGGCACCCAAGUCGCUGGAGGAUCGGAUCAGCGACCAAGACACCAUGAUCCGGCAACUUGGGGCCGCCAUGAACGAGGUGUCCAACACUCUGCGCCGGUUGGUUACGGGAGAGGUGCCCACGCCUUCUCACACCAUACCAUAACCAACGGCCAGUCCUCCUCUCUCAGCACCGGAACCCAGUGGCAUUCGGCUCUCGCUUCCGAGGGCAUAUGAUGGUUCUGCAGCCGGGUGUCAGGGGUUCCUCCUGCAGGUGGAACUCUACCUGGCCAUACACCCAGUGCCCUCGGGAUACGAGAGCGUCCCCGCCCUCAUCUCCUGUCUAUCCGGCAAGGCGUUGGAGUGGGCCAACGCCGAAUGGAGGGGAAUAGACGCCGCUACCAUCACCUAAGCGGAGUUCUCCCGCCGCUUCAGGGCUGUCUUCGAUCAUCCACCUGAGGGGAAGGCGGCGGGGGAGCGUCUGUUCCACCUCCGACAGGGGAAGUGGAGCGCACAGGAGUUCGCCCUGGAGUUCCGGACUCUAGCGGCGGAUGCGGGGUGGAAUGAGAGGGCCCUCAUCGACCAUUACCGGUGUAGCCUACGAGAGGACGUUCGUCGUGAGCUGGCCUGCAGGGACACCAACCUAUCCUUCGACCAGUUGGUGGACAUCUCCAUCCGUCUCGACACCCUGCUGGCUACCCGCGGACGUCCCGAGUGGGGGUCGUCCAUUCCACCCUCCAGCACCUCCGAGCCGAUUCCCAUGGAGCUCGGAGGUGCUGGCGCUAGAGAGAGGAGGAGAGAGAACCCGAGGGGGGCCAUCCCCUGCACCAACUGUGGCCGUGGAGGACACACCGCGGCCAGGUGCUGGGGAGGGUCUCCUGGGAGAGGGGACAACAGGUCACGCACUGGGGAGUCAUUCCAGGUGAGUAGGCGCCCCACUUACCCAGAGCUCUCUGUUGGUCACAUGUGUAUACCUGUGAGAUUUCCACAGGUGGGACCUCAUUCCCAGCAUAAGGCGCUAGUAGAUUCAGGCGCAGCUGGGAAUUUUGUUGAUCGUGCAUUUUGUUAUAGGUUAGGAAUUCCCCUUCGGCCGGUAGAAGCCCCCUUUCCUGUUCAUGCCCUAGACAGCCGGCCGUUGGGGUCGGGGUUGAUCAGAGAAGUCACAGCACCACUUAAGAUGACGACGCAGGGGGGUCAUGAGGAGAUCAUUCAGUUUUAUCUGAUUGACUCUCCUGCGUAUCCCGUGGUGCUGGGGCUUCCCUGGUUAAGCGCCCAUGAUCCUACCAUUGCGUGGCAACAGAGGGCUCUUAUGGAGUGGUCUGCCCAGUGUGUAGGGAGAUGUCUAGGUGUUUCCUUAGGGGCGACCUCGGUAGAGAGUCCGAACCAAGUGCCCGCAAUGCGCAUUCCCCCUGAAUAUGAGGAUUUAGCACUUGUGUUCAGCAAAACGAGGGCAACACGGCUACCACCUCAUAGACAAGGGGAUUGUGCGAUAGAUCUCCAAACAGGAGCGGCACUUCCGCGGAGCCGUGUGUAUCCCCUGUCUCAAGAGGAGACAGCGGCUAUGGAGACUUACAUAGCCGAGUCCUUGGCACAGGGAUACAUCCGGUCCUCCACUUCCCCGGUUUCCUCGAGUUUAUUUUUUGUGAAGAAGAAGGACGGGGGUUUGCGCCCGUGUAUUGAUUACCGUAGUCUCAAUCAGAUCACGGUUAAGUACAGUUACCCUCUUCCACUGAUUGCGACUAUGACAGAAUCAUUACGCGGAGCGCGGUUCUUCACAAAGUUGGAUCUCAGGAGCGCGUACAAUCUGGUGCGCAUUAGGGAGGGGGAUGAAUGGAAAACAGCAUUUAGCACCACCUCGGGUCAUUACGAGUAUCUCGUCAUGCCAUACGGGUUAAUGAAUGCUCCUGCAGUCUUCCAAUCCUUUGUUGACAAGAUUUUCCGGGACAUGCAUGGGCAGGGUGUGGUAGUAUACAUCGACGACAUCCUAGUGUACUCUUCUACACGAGCCGAGCAUGUAGCCCUGGUGCGCCGAGUGUUGAGGAGACUGUUGGAGCAUGACUUGUAUGUCAAGGCAGAGAAAUGCUUGUUCUUCCAGGAGUCCGUCUCCUUUUUGGGUUAUCGGUUGUCCGCGUCUGGUGUGAAGAUAGAGGUGGACCGUGUGUCGGCCGUGCGUAAUUGGCAAACUCCAACCACUGUAAGAGAGGUGCAGCAGUUUUUGGGUUUUGCUAAUUACUACCAGAGGUUUAUCCGGGGCUUUGGACAGGUUGCAGCUCCCAUUACGUCCCUGCUAAAGGGGGGUCCGGUUCGCUUGCAGUGGUCAGCUGAGGCGGACAGGGCAUUUGUCAAACUGAAAAACCUGUUCACCUCGGCUCCGGUGCUGGCGCAUCCGGAUCCCUCUUUACCAUUCCAAGUAGAGGUAGACGCGUCCGAGGCCGGUAUUGGGGCAGUCCUGUCGCAACGGUCCGGCACGCCACCUAAGCUCCGCCCCUGUGCGUUCUAUUCUAAGAAGCUCAGCUCGGCGGAGCGUAAUUAUGACGUAGGGGACAGGGAGCUGUUAGCUGUAGUCCAGGCCCUAAAGGUGUGGAGGCAUUGGCUUGAGGGGGCUCAACACCCUUUCCUCAUUCUGACUGACCACCGUAACCUGGAGUACAUCCGGGCAGCUAGGAGAUUGAACCCUCGUCAGGCUAGGUGGAACAUGUUCCUGACCCGGUUUGUUUUUAAGAUCACAUACAUCCCAGGGUCCCAGAACGGUAAGGCAGACGCCCUGUCCCGGCGGUAUAACACAGAGGAGAGGUCCAUUGAGCCUACUCCCAUACUGCCGGAGUCUUGUCUGGUGGCUCCGGUGGUGUGGGAGGUCGAUGCGGAGAUCGAGCGGGCACUGCGUACCGACCCUACUCCCCCCGAGUGUCCUGUGGGGCGGACGUACGUUCCGCUCGAGGUUCGUGAUCGCCUUAUUUAUUGGGCUCAUACAUCACCCUCCUCUGGACAUCCAGGUAUUGGCCGGACAGUGCACUGCCUUAGCGUGAAAUACUGGUGGCCAACGUUAGCUAAGGAUGUGAGGGUUUAUGUCUCCUCCUGCUCGGUGUGCGCCCAGUGUAAGGCACCUUAGACAUUUGCCCAGGGGAAAGUUACAUCCCCUACCCGUUCCACAACGACCAUGGUCCCACCUCUCGGUGGAUUUUGUGACCGACCUACCCCCCUCCCAGGGGAAUACCACCAUUUUGGUCGUUGUGGAUCGGUUUUCCAAGGCCUGUCGUCUCCUCCCAAUGCCGGGUCUCCCUACUGCCCUACAGACCGCUGAGGCCCUAUUUACCCACGUGUUCCGGCACUAUGGGGUCCCCGAGGAUAUUGUGUGUGACCGAGGUCCCCAGUUCACCUCCAGAGUCUGGGGGGCGUUCAAGGAACGCUUGGGGGUCUCGGUGAGCCUUACCUCGGGGUACCACCCAGAGAGCAAUGGGCAGGUUGAACGAGUCAACCAGGAUGUGGGUAGGUUUCUGAGGUCCUAUUGCCAGGGCCGGCCGGAGGAGUGGUCUAGGUAUAUCCCCUGGGCAGAGAUGGCCCAGAACUCUCUCCGCCACUCCUCCACCAAUUUAACACCUUUCCAGUGCGUUUUAGUGUAUCAGCCGGUCCUGGCACCUUGGCACGAGAGCCAGAUCGAGGCCCCUGCGGUGGAUGAGUGGAUUCGGCGCUCGGAGGAGACGUGGGACGCUGCCCAUGUCCAUCUGCAGCGGGCCAUCCGUCGACAAAAGGCGAGCGCCGAUCGCCACCGCAGUGAGGGACCGGUGUACGCACCGGGAGAUCGAGUCUGGCUCUCGACUCGAAACCUGCCCCUCCGCCUGCCCUGCCGGAAGCUGGGUCGGCGGUUUGUGGGGCCCUUUAAAGUCCUGAGAAGAUUGAACGAGGUGUGUUACAGGUUACAACUGCCUAUUGAUUACAAUAAUAUUAACCCCUCGUUCCAUGUGUCUCUUCUCAGGCCGGUGGUAGCUGGCCCACUCCAAGAAGAUGAGAUAGGAGAGACCCCUCCGCCCCCUUUGGACAUCGAGGGGGCCCCGGCGUACAGGGUCCGGACCAUCUUGGACUCGAGGCGCCGGAUGAGUGGUCUCCAGUAUCUCGUGGAGUCGGAGGGGUAUGGUCCGGAGGAACGGUGCUGGGUGCCUAGGAGGGACAUCCUAGAUCCAUCCCUCCUGACUGAGUUCCACCGUGGGCAUCCCACGCGCCCGGGUCCGAGUCCUCCUGGCCGUCCCCGAGGCCGGGGUCGGCGUACUGUCACGGAUUCUGCCGAGGCUGCUCCUCCUCCUAGUUCGGGCAGGCUUCGGCGUUCGUCGUCCCCGGAGUACUAGCUGCCACCGUUUAAUGUUUCUAUGUUUGAUUGCUUUUGUCUGUCUAUUACACCUGUGUCCGUUUGUGUCUGAUUACGUGUUCUAUAAGUUGCCUGUUUUGUAUUGGUUAGGUUGUGUGUUGUUUUUCGCCUGUCCGUAGUGCUGCGUGUUUUUUCUCUGUUUUGUUGUUUUACGCAUAGUUGCGUAAUUGCUCGCCUCUGUUGUUUCGAGGCCGUUCAUUGUAUCUUUGCCUUGUGGUUCACAAGUAAACUUUGUUGGACUAAGCUUCGGUGUCCUGCGCCUGACUCCCACACCACAUACACCUCAGCCUUGACAGUGAAUUAAGGAUAAACAUUUUUGCUAAGAGUAUUAUUAUAUUAUUGAUCGAUUGACUAUGACUUUUCAAAUCACCCGGCAGUGCUAUUUAUAGAGUUAGCUCCAGGUAAAUAUUGCAAUUCUUCAGCCAUUCCUGAAGCUGCAACCAAAAACAAGUUACAUAUCGGCAGUACCAAAACAAAUGAUCUAAUGAUCACUCCCCAUAUAUAUAUAUAUAAAACCUUCUAUUGGUUGCAAGAAUUGUUGAUUAUUAUUUAAAUAGAAAAACGAAGUUUUGAAUCCGGCGUUGUUUUGUGUAUCAGUUCAUAAACCAUGUGCCAUCGAAUCGGUACAUCGAAAACCUAAACUAUUUUGCAACCUGUACGGGGCAGCUGUCGUUUUUUUUUUGUCCUUAAAUGAAACUGGUAUACUUUUUUUUUUUUAUCACAAUUGUCUUUAACCAAUUUCCGUAAAACAUUGCCAAAUUAUUUUUUUUGCAGGCAACAUACCACAAAUCCUAUGUGAAUCAGGUAUUAUUGUAGGCUAUGACGGCCAUCUAGCAUGGAGGAGGAAAUAGUCCAAAAUAAAUAAAUAAAUAAAAAUAUCCAGGAGCACAGACUCACCUAAUGAUAAAGGCAGCGAUGCUCUCUGCUAUAGUGCCAAUAAACUAGGCUAUUGAGCCGAGAGCUAGUUGAGAAUUUUGAUAGGUUAGAAUUAUUUUUCCAGCGAUUGUAUUUUGAAACAUUGCGAUAUGCCUAGGCCUAUUUGAGAUGAAUUUCACUGACAGCCGCAAAUCAAUAAAUCAGACAUGCUGCGCUCGCUCCCCAAAUUGGGCGCUUCCCAACUGGAGGUUAUGCUCUGGCCUUGUGAUUUAAAACAAUCCCCAGCUAUUUAAAAAAAAAAGAAGCUAAUGAUCCUCUUUGGCUUAAAUCAUACUCUCUGGUGUAUUGUUUUGAAUGAUUUUAUAUGUGUAUAGACAGGAGUAAUUAUAUAAUUUUGGCAAGUUCAAUUAAAAUGUACUUAAGUCUAUUGGAAGAGCCGCCUACGGUUGAAUUUGAAAGUUCAAAUCAGGUGUGACAGUUCUGGAAUAGAUCAAAUACAUUGAAUGGCUGGCAGUCCUCGAGGUCUGUGGUCCUCUGUAGCUCAGCUGGUAGAGCACGGCGCUUGUAACGCCAAGGUAGUGGGUUCGAUCUCCGGGACCACCCAUACACAAAAAUGUAUGCACGCACGACUGUAAGUCGCUUUGGAUAAAAGCGUCUGCUAAAUGGCAUAUUAUUAUUUAUAUUAUUAGGAGAGGUUUUGAAAAAAAGCUGUGUUAGAUAGCUACGUCAAUAUAUUUCAGGAACAUUCUGUAUUAGUGUGAAGCAUUUCUCUGCUCAGAUCAGCUAGGCUGUAGGUGUCAUUUAAGAGGUUCAAUAGUAGUGUAUGAUAAUUGUUCCUACUAGUAAAGGGGACUAGGGUUUCAGUUGAGAGACAGCCACAGUCAGACGGACGCAUAGUACUCACAUAAUAAGCAGUGCACUAACAGCCUACAGGGAAUAGGGUGUCAUUUGAGAUAUGCCCUGUGAGAUAUGUCAUUUGUUGCAUGGCAAUGAAGUUGUCUGAUUCUGUGUGUGCAGGUGAACUUCCCCGACACAGAGGUUCUGCCGUAUCCAGACUGGGUGUUUGCCAUCUGUGUCCUGCUGUCUUCAGUCCCAGUUCUCUCCAUCCCCCUCGUGGCCAUCUACAGACUCAUCUGCUGC